CCAAAGCGGCGUGGCUGUCAAGGGGCAAGUGCGUACCGAGGCGCGGGGGAGGGGGCAGGACGCCACAUCGGAAGGGGGUGCAGGAGCCAGGAGGCAAGACACGCAUCCCAGGCCCUCUCCGCGCGUUCUCACCCUCAAGAGGACCAACAAGCGCAAACUCAGUGCCCACCGGGCCCACACCAGACUCUUGCCCAGAGGCACUGGGCCCAAACCCGGAGGCCCAGGAGGUGCCUCCGGAGGAGCCCUGCGGACGCCAUGCUAAAAGCCAAAAUGGCUGCCCCAAGGAUGCCCGCAGCGCGCCGCCUGUGAGGAGGAGGGAGCCGGCCUCUGCGGGAUCGGGGGAGGGGGCGCCGGGAGCGCAGACGGCCGCUGGCCAGCCGGAGCCGCUCAGGUUCUAGCUACAGUCAUCCAUUGCCAUAACUUUUAAACGAUAUUUGGGAAGAAACUGGCAAAAGGCACAAAAAAAAAAUGAUAAAGUUUUUCCUUAUGGUGAACAAACAAGGGCAGACCCGACUGUCUAAGUACUAUGAGCAUGUAGACAUUAAUAAACGUGCGCUUCUGGAAACUGAAGUCAGCAAGAGCUGCCUGUCUCGAUCCAGUGAACAAUGCUCCUUCAUUGAAUACAAGGAUUUUAAACUGAUCUACCGGCAAUAUGCAGCUCUCUUUGUUGUGGUUGGAGUUAAUGACACUGAGAAUGAGAUGGCUAUCUAUGAGUUCAUACACAAUUUUGUGGAAGUUUUAGAUGAGUACUUCAGCAGAGUGAGUGAAUUAGAUAUAAUGUUUAAUUUGGAUAAAGUCCACAUCAUUUUGGAUGAGAUGGUGUUAAAUGGCUGCAUUGUGGAAACUAACAGAGCAAGAAUUCUCGCCCCUCUACUGAUUCUUGACAAAAUGUCGGAAAGCUGAUGAAGACUAAGGAGGUUCGAGCAAUGUGAAGGACAAGGAAGACAUCGUAAACAACAGCCUUCUGAAAACUGUCAUCGGCUAUCCUCCAGAGUUCCUAAAGAGAAAACAAACAAUCCUUGUGUACAAACAAAUUUUUUCUCUUAAAAUCGGGCUACAAUUUUCCUUGGUAAAUGUAAGCUUGCUUUCCCUUCUGCAGAACAGCAGGGUUGCAAUGGGAAGAAUGCACGGCAGUUGUCCAUCAGCCAAUAAACUUCAAAUUGACUUGACCACGUGA